AUGAAGAAUCGAACGCUGCUGAUACUGAUAGUCAAGAUCACUGUAUACAGAGACUCCUUCUUGCUGUACUACAGAGCUCGUACAUGUAUUAAUAUCGGUGCUCCGUUCCGCCCUUUAUCAAACGACUAUUUGAAAGAAACAACGCUCGAAGGCUAUGAAAUAUCGUCUUUCACGCGAAGCUCCUUUCCAAGCUCUUCCCCUUCGAAUCCUCGGCCAGUUGAGCUAGACGCCAAUUCGCCUGAAAUGGUUUCUAAUGGAGAAAAGAAACCUGAGGUAGAAGAAGAGGAAGAUGGCGAGAUUGUCGACGACGUGAUGAUCGUGGACGAUUCCGACAACGACCGGCGCCGCUCCAAGGACUCGGACUGCGUGGCCAUCGAACCGACUACUGGUAGUAAAUCAUCGAAAUCGGCGAAGAAGUCGCGCUCGCGAUCACGUGAGCGGAGCAAACCGAAGAAGAAAAAAGACCGAAAACGCUCACGAGACAGGAGCAAGUCGUCAAAGAAGAGGAAUCACAGUGAAGAGCGCAGGGAGCGCGAGAGAGAAGAGGAAGAACGGAGGAUCAAGCGAAAACGAGAGCGGGAAAGAGAACUUGAAAAGGAAAGGGAGCGAGAACGUGAGCGUGAGCGGAAACGACGGCAACGCGCAGAAGCGGAGCGUCGACGACGAAUGACUCCUUCUCCAACUUUCCGCGAUCGUCAUCGUGAUCGUCGCGAGCGAGAACGACGCGAUCGAGACCGUCGCAUUUCCCGGGAAGAACGAAAAGAUCGAAGAAAAUCUGACGUUUUCAAGGGCUCUCUUUCUGAAGGCCAGACGCUUCAGGAGCUUGAAGGUGGAAAGUUGGCUGAUGUCUCGAUGAAGGACAUUGAGAUCCCGAUGGAUUCGGAUGACGAAGAAGCCAAGAUCGAGGAGCUGAGAAAGCGACGCGAAAUGCGAAAGAAGAUGAUGGAAAAAGUGGUCGAGCAAGAAGACUCUCCCGCUAGUAGCCCUGCUUCUAGAGUUGCAUCUCCUCUUGAAAAGAUCAAAGAGCGACUCUCAUCGAAGGACUCUGGGUCAGUGAAAUCACGUCCUGCGUCCGUCUGUAGCGAUAAAAGCGCCGAAGAUGACUUUGACGAUAUUCUUGCCGCCGCCUUGCGUGACGAUUUGGAAUGUCUUGAAGACGCUGAUCUGGAAGCUGCAUUGAAAGAAAAGCUUCUUGAAAACCGUGAGACUACUGUGGACGCACGGCCGAUCAACGAUGACUUCUGGGAGACGGAAGGAGACAUGUUCGCCGACGACUUCAGUCCCGGAAUCAAGAACAACAGACAUCGGAAGCUCCUCAAUUCCGCGACUGUACUCGACCCUGAUGCUUGGACCGAUGCUGAUGGCUACUUCAAGAUCUCUAUUGGACAAGUGCUGGAUGAUAGGUACAAGCUAGGGUACAAGAGCUAUGCCUACACUGGCAAGGGUGUCUUCUCUAACGUCUUGAGAUGCAAGGACACGCUGAGAAGUGACGAGGACGUUGCCAUCAAGAUCAUCAGGAAAAAUGAACUCAUGUACAAAGCUGGCAUGAAGGAAAUCGAGUUCUUGAAGAAAAUCAACGAUACUGAUCCCGAAGACCGCUUCCAUUGUCUCCGUCUUCACCGAUCAUUCCUAUUCAAGGGCCAUCUCUGUCUCGUCUUUGAGCCACUGGCAAUGAAUCUCCGCGAUGUCGUCAAGAAGUACGGCUCUGGAGUUGGUCUUCAUGUCAAAGCUGUGCGUAGCUACUCCCAGCAGCUUCUUCUUGCCCUCAAAUUGCUCAAAAAGUGCAAUAUCCUGCACGCCGAUAUCAAGCCAGACAAUAUCCUGGUCAACGAAUCGAAGAGCGUGCUAAAACUUUGCGAUUUCGGCUCUGCUUCUGACGUGAAGGACGCUGAGAUUACCCCCUACUUAGUUUCUAGGUUUUAUCGUGCUCCUGAAAUUAUUCUCGGAUGCACUUACGAUUAUGGAAUUGAUCUUUGGUCCGUUGCAGUGUCUAUGUAUGAGCUCGCAACUGGAAAAAUCAUGCUUCCUGGAAGAACAAACAACCAUAUGCUCAAACUCUGCCAGGAUUUCAAGGGGAAAUUCCCGAACCGAAUGAUCCGCCGAGCUAUGCCCGAGAUUCGCCAAAUGCACUUCGACGGAAACAACGAUUUUCUUCAUGUCAAGCAAGACAAACUCACUGGCCAGGAUACAAUUCAAACGAUUACCAACGUUGUCCAAACUAAAUUUAUAAGAAACGAUCUUAAUCCUACAUCAAACUCAAACGAAAAGGUGACUCCCGAACUUGUAAGGAAGAUGCAGCAACUCUCGGAUCUUAUCGAAAAAUGCACUGUCCUUGACCCCUCCCGCCGCGCCUCGAUAAACGAGUGCCUUUCACAUCCAUUCAUUGUUGAGAAAAUCUCUUAA